AUUCCUCACAAGCCGGCUGUCGCUAUCGUACAUCUUGCAUAUACACCGCCCCGAUAAAAGCCAUCAUGUGCAGGCAUUACAUUUGAAACUUAAGCGACCAGCUUUCUGGUUCUCGAGGAGCAGUUGAAGUCGACAUUCUGACUAUGGCUGCCAGAUCUCUCACAACCGCGGCCACGCUCUUUACGGGCCCGGGGGGGGCUAAUAGCGCUACACCAGCCGUCAAUGGCAGUGCAACCUUCCAUGUGGUGCUAGAUGGGACCGUACAGACUUUGUCCACAACGAACUCCCUAGACAAAGACCCGAUCAAGGGACUACUGUUUGUUCCUGGUCUUGAUGACAAUGAUCCGUGCAACAAUCUUACCACCCCGUUCAUACCCCCGAAUGUCACCCGCCACCAGGAUGUCCUGCCGUUCGAAUAUAACACCGUCGGCUUGGCGCCAUGGAUCUCUACCGAGUGCACACAAUCGUUCCUCGAUUCUUCACAGCGCAUGGAGGUUGAUGCGCUGGUGUUCUACAUCCCGUCCCAUGACAACGCCAAACCGCCAGGGCCAAAGGACUCGGCGUGGAUGCUAGACGAGAAUGAGGAAUGGAAAAGCCAGAACAGUUACCCCGUCUACGCGAUCCCUGGGCUCGCGGGUGCAACUUUGAUGCACCAGCUGUCGAUGUAUUCGGGGGACACGAUCCCUCCCGAUUUUCAAAAUGACAGUAUGUCAGACAAGCCGGGGAUUACCCGCCUAAUCACUCUAAUCAAUCUAGAACAUGGCGAGAGUAAAAUGCCCAGUCUUUGGGGGUUUAUCCUUGCGAUCCUCGGUACCAUUCUAGUGCUCAGUGUCAUUCUCUUGAUGUGCUACCAGCUUGUACAAAGCCGACGGCGGGAAAACCUACGGCGUCGGAUCGAAGCAGGGGAAGCAGACUUGGAAGAGCUGGGGCUCCACCAAAUCAAAGUCCCGCGCGAGAUCAUCGAUACUAUUCCGGUGUACAUAUAUGCAGACCAGGGUACGUUGAGCGAGACAGAGCCACAGUCCAGGCACUCUGGAUCGAAUGACGGCUCGUCCAUCCGGUCCGCCGAGACUUGUGAGCGGCGCAUGGAUCUCGAUGAGAAGUGCGCCGAAGUCAAGAUGGAGACGGCGACCUGGGAGAGGACGGGCGAUGAAAGGGAGAUGGAUCAGGAAAGCAAGACAGAAAACGAGCAAACAGAAGCAGACGAGGAGGGUGAAUCCCACGCCGACAAGCCCACUGUCCGCACGACCCAUUCCAGCUGCCCAGCCAGCCCGCACGCGGGUCACCGCAGUCGCCUCAGCUACACACAAACCAUGUGCGCAAUAUGCCUUGAGGAGUACGAAUCGGGCAUGUCGGUGGUUCGAGAGUUACCUUGCGGGCAUAUCUUCCACCCACAAUGCAUCGACACCGCUCUGACGCAGAGUAGCUGUCUCUGUCCGCUGUGCAAGAAGAGCGUUCUCCCAACCGACACCUAUCCGGUGCCAGUGACCAACAGGACGGUGCACCGGGAUUUCAUGCUGCAUCGGUCUCGGUGGUCGGCUCCAUGAGAUCCAGAGCAUCGUUUGGCUUGCAGGAGUUGGAUUGCGUGAUACCCCUAUGUAACUGAUCAAUGUAAGAUACAAAGAAUAUGAAAAAGUUUGACAUACCAGCUGUA